AUGAGUACCGAAACAAAUAUACCUCGUGAUGUAACCUUGCUUUUUAAAUUCUGGUACAGUAAUCAAAAUAAUAAUGUCAGAUGGGCAGGCUCACUCUCGGAAGGGUACAGAUUGGAGUGUGGCGUGCGGCAGGGUGGUUUGAGCUCGCCCACACUCUUCAAUCUGUACAUGAACAGGCUGAUCGAUGAGCUUAGCAGUACAGGUAUCGGCUGUCAUAUAGAUGGAUGGAUCACCGAGGAUAUGAAAGACAACCUUGACAUUGAAAAAGAACGUAGGGCGCUGUCUGUUCGCUGUAAUAUGUUGGCCCGUAGAUUCGCUAAAUGUACAAAUAACGUAAAGUUUAAAGCAUAUUGCCAGUCUUUUUAUGCGUGCGGUCUAUGGGUUGACUACACGCAGAGGAUAUACAGCGACCUACGUAUACAGUACAACAACGCAUUCAGGAUGUUGAUGGGGUUGCCGCGUUACUGCAGCGCCUCUGCUAUGUUUGCGGACGCAACGGACGGUCGUACGGAUGGCUUCGAAGCCAUUAUGAGAAAGCGCUGUGCUUCUUUAAUGCAGCGAGUGCGUCGCAGCCCCAACAGCAUCCUGAGUGCGCUGAUGGACAGAUGGGACUCGGCGAUGCUGGCUCGUUGGAUACACUUACAUGUAGGAUAG